UUCUUUCCGGACAUACCGAUGGUUCAAGGCGAGCUAUUCUUCGAAUGUACUUUGUUCUUGUACUCGGUAUUGGUCUUGUUCUUACAGUACCUGAAUUUGUACAAGACCAUGUGGUGGCUCCCAAAUUCUCAUACGCAUUACGCUCUGAAGUUCCAUUUGAUCGACCUUUAUGUACUGUCGUGCGUUGGUCUGAUCCUUGGGCGCAGGGUCAUCCUGUGCUUUUUGAACAAACUCACGGUCGUUCCGUAUGAUGAAAAUAAGCCGAUUCCAUUAUGGCUGUCUGUUUUGGAAUGGAUUAUGAAACUUCCAGUUAUUACAGCCAUCAUCGCCUCUUUCUCGUUCAGCUUUGUGCAUGUCCUCGCCUUUUACUCUCGUUUCGUUUUGCAAAUGUUUACGUCGGCUUUUAUCUUGUUCGUCCGGAACUGUUUAGAUAUCGGACAUGCAUUGUUUCAUUGUUUGCUCACUUGUAACAUUUUUUUCUUUAGGUUCUUCUUUAACGUGCUUAUAUUUUACAACGAGUUUGUGGCACUGUUCACACAGUCAUCAUCUCUGGCGCAGAAGUUGCUUGCCUGUGUACGCAGCACGUCGUACUUGAAGAAUCUGAAUGGUCACACUUGUUCGUUGUCGCCGUCGUACAUCAGGGAAGAGGUAGACACUCUGAUCUCUGACUUCUACCAUCGCCUGAAGCAGAGUUUCUUCGCCGCCAUGACUACCGCCUACUAUGCCGUGUUCAUUCCGUGCUGUUUCGCGCCGUCAGUACUCUACAUCGACUACUGGUGGAUGGCCGAAAUGAGUUUCAUCGUCUUCUCUACCGCUUGGACAGCGCAUCUCGGCCAGUGGACGAAAAUCGAAUGUGUCAGGGUGUCACACAUCUUUCAGGUGCCUUACACAUCCUGGUCUGGUUGCUGUCUUUGGCCCGACGGAUCAGUGGUUAAGCAUUAUCGUUCAGUGUACAAAGGAUCUGGGUGCAGCAUCGCCGCUGAUCCUUCGAACGAAGAUCAUCGUAAAUUUUAUGUAGUGCGAGUAGUCAAUGGACUAUGCGUCUUGAACGCCCUCCUUAUCCUGUGUCCGUUUCUAAUGUUGAUUCAUUCCUAUGAAUGGCAACACAUUAUGACAUUAGUGCUGCUUAUGUUCACAAAUUAUAUCUUGUUAUUUAAAAUGUUUAAAGACAAAAUUAUUAUGAGUCGCAUAUAUUUUCCGACAGAUGAUGUGCGACUGCAAUUUCGAUAA